CCUCCUGCUGUCAGCGCUGAGCGCGCCUCCCGGGAGCGGGACGGAGCCCAGGCGGCAGACACGCGGCUUCACGGGCGGGCAGCCCGACGGAGGGGGAGGCGAGGUGGACCGACAGACAGACAGACAGACAGCGGAGGCAACCGCGCAGACGGAAAGGGGAGACCGGGAGGCAGCGGGCCACAGGGAAGGCCGCCAGGAACCGCAGGGAACAGGCGUGCGCCUCGCGGCGGAGGCCGAGCAUCCUCCCACCUCCGCUCGGUCCCUGCCUCCGCCGCCGCCUACCUCCCCGGCGGGCGCGCGGGGUGGGCGGGGUCGCGCUUGGUCCCUGCACCUGCACUUCAUGGCCGCCGUCGGGGCGGGGACGCGGGCCACGUUUGGAGCCUGGGACUAUGGGGUCUUCGCUCUCAUGCUCCUCGUGUCCAUGGGCAUCGGGCUGUGGGUGGGGCUGGCGCGGGGCGGACAGCGCAGCGCGGAGGACUUCUUCACGGGGGGCCGGCGCCUGACCGCCCUCCCCGUCGGCCUCUCGCUGGCCGCCAGCUUCAUGUCGGCCGUGCAGGUGCUGGGCGUGCCCGCAGAGGCCUACCGCUACGGCCUCAAGUUCCUCUGGAUGUGCCUGGGCCAGCUGCUCAACUCCCUGCUGACCGCUGCCUUCUACCUGCCCGUCUUCUACCGCCUGGGCCUCACCAGCACAUACCAGUACCUGGAGCUUCGUUUCAGCCGAGCUGUGAGGCUUUGUGGGACCCUGCAGUACCUGAUGGCCACAGUGCUAUACACUGGCAUCGUGAUCUACGCCCCUGCACUCAUCCUGAACCAAGUGACCGGGCUAGACAUCUGGGGGUCACUCCUGUCCACUGGAGUCAUCUGCACCUUGUACACCACUGUGGGCGGCAUGAAGGCUGUGAUCUGGACUGAUGUGUUCCAGGUUGUGGUGAUGCUGGCUGGCUUCUGGGUUGUCCUGGUUCGUGGGACCAUGCUUGUGGGCGGGCCCAGGCAGGUGUUCAAGCUUGCCCAGAACCACUCCCGGAUCAACCUGUUGGACUUUGACCCAGACCCACGGAGUCGGUACACAUUCUGGACUCUUACGGUGGGCGGCACGUUGGUGUGGCUCUCAAUGUAUGGCGUGAACCAAGCACAGGUGCAGCGCUAUGUGGGUUGCCGCACAGAGAAGCAGGCCAAGCUGGCCCUGCUCAUCAACCAGCUGGGCCUGUUCCUGAUUGUGUCCAGUGCUGCUGCCUGCGGCAUCGUCAUGUUCACACUCUAUAUGGACUGCGACCCCCUCCUCACAGGGCGUAUUUCUGCCCCCGACCAGUACAUGCCCCUGCUCGUGCUGGACAUCUUCAAGGACUUGCCUGGAGUCCCUGGCCUCUUUCUGGCCUGUGCCUACAGUGGCACCCUCAGCACCGCAUCCACCAGCAUCAAUGCCAUGGCUGCGGUCACUGUGGAGGACCUCAUCAAACCGCGGCUGCCCGGCCUGGCACCCCGCAGGCUCGUCAUCGUCUCCAAGGGGCUCUCGCUCAUUUACGGCUCGACCUGUAUCUCCGUGGCGGCUCUGUCUUCACUGCUGGGGGGCGGGGUCCUCCAGGGCUCCUUCACUGUCAUGGGCGUCCUCAGCGGCCCCCUCCUCGGAGCCUUCACCCUGGGGAUCUUCCUCCCCGCCUGCAACACGCCGGGCGUGCUCUCCGGGCUGCUGGCGGGCUUGAUCGUCUCCCUGUGGGUGGCCGUGGGCGCCACUCUGUACCCGCCCACAGCGAGGACCAUGGGGGUCCUGCCGUCCUCCGCUGCGGGCUGUGCGGGGCCCGCCGCCAACGCCUCUGGCCUCCUGGGCCGGCUCCUCAUCGCCAACGCCUCCGGUGCGGCCACCAGAAUGGACCCUGGUCGACCCACCUUGGCUGACAGCUUCUACGCCAUUUCCUAUCUGUAUUAUGGUGCCCUGGGCACACUGAGCACCGUGCUGUGUGGAGCCCUCAUCAGCUACCUGACGGGCCCAACCAAGCGCAGUGCCCUGGGUCCUGGUUUGCUGUGGUGGGACCUCACAUUGCAGACAGCAUCAGUGGCUCCCAAGAAAGAAGUGGCUACCCAGGAUGACAGCUUGGUGAAGGGGGCCGAGGAACUGCCGCCCAGGGCCAAGAGGCCUCCUGGCUUCCUGCCCACGAACGAGGACCAGCUGCUCUUCCUGGGGCAGAAGGAGGUGAAUGGAGCUAGCUCUGGCUCUUGGAACCCCGGCAGAGGACGUGAGGGUGGUCGUGACCUGCGGGAGACAGACCUCUGAACCAGCACAGGAUUGGCCGCCUGGAAUGGAAACUCAUGGGGAAGCCCCACCUCCAGUCAGCAGUUAGUCUUAGAUGCUGUACCCCUGUAAGCACCCCCAAAAUGAGGCUGGAAUUUUCCAUACCUACAAUAAAAAGAUGUUGGAAUCCCCU